GGAACCCAAAGCGGAGUUAGGGCUGGAGGGCUUGGCAUUAGGGCUAGCGUAGGCAGGUGAUCUCGCGGCUUCCAAGACGAGUUAGCAUGUUUAGUCAUCCGGUCCUGUUUUGGGCAACUUCCUUGUUUGGCGACAACUCGACGUCGAAAGAUCCAUAUCAAACCAUCGAUAGAACGACAAUACUUCACACCAACCACCCAAUGUGUCCCCAAUGCCACUGCAUCUAGCGCCGGACUGCAAGAUACUGGCGAGAGGCUCCCCCGCCUAGUUGAAGCCCGUUUUUAUCUGCGUAUUUGUUCCUGCGACGCGUCCCUCAUCUGCCAUUGAAGUCGCGUUGUUUACAUCGAAAAAAUGGCCUCCGGAGCCACAACGAGGGCGCAGAGAGCUGUGGGCUCCUCAACCUGGAUCGCCGCUGAGAAGGAGAAUAUACAACAGCUGAUCAAUCAGGAGAUGGAUGAAAUCGAGUAUCCUGCGCAGAAUGAGAUGGAUUGGCUGAAUGAGCAUAUGGCAGAGAUCUUCAGCAGGAAUCAAUUUAACGUAACCGAGAUCUUUAAGACCCCAGGAAAGCUACGGGGAAAGACUCCAAGAACAGCUAGGAAGCAUAAGACCCCACGAGAGGCUCGGGUUCCGUUGAGCGACAUAUUCUCUUCACAGCAGAAUGUCCGAAACAGCCCUGCGCCGCCUAGCCGGUUCCAUCAGGAAAUCACGAAAUUAGCUGCCAAACCGUCCCCGAAAGAGCAACCGAAAUACUCGUCCCCAGUUCAAUACCACCAAGCAAAACAACCCACUUGCAAUACAGACUCUGGAUACCAUGGCAUGCCCGACGAGGAUGAUGAAAUGGAUCUAGUAUAUUCGGAACCGCACAAGGAGUCAGAGCCGGAAUCAAAAUCGGUGCCAGAAGAGCCAGAACCAGAGGAGGGACCAGAGCAGGCACCAGAAGCAGAGCGAGAGCCAAAGUCAAACCAAAACACCCAACGGAUACUGGAGCCGGAGCCAGCACGCAAGCCAGAACACGAACCUGCGCCCGAGCAAGAAUAUGUGGAAACAGCUACCCAGCCAUUGGAAGACUCGACCCUUGUCAUCCCUGGCGAUCGUAAUGAUCUUAGCCCGUCCGUUGACCGACGCACAACGGACGCUUCCUUCCACUCCGCAAGAGAAAUCGCGCCAAGUAAGGAGAGCACCGUGGAGCCCAUGGAUACUGACCCUUAUGAAUCGACUUCCAUGGCCGCCCCUAAACAAGUCGCCACCACAGCGCAUCUUGAAUCACCUCGAGAACCAGUUCACGCACCCGGACGGCUUGAUUCCACACCUCUUGAAAAAGCCAACGUGAUGGAAGUAGAAACACAUGAACACGAUGCUGCUCUCGAUCAUCACUUCGACGACAUCGGAUCUCCUUCUGAUGGAUCAACUCCUGACCGCCCUCCUAUCCGUAAAAGUAGCUUGAGCUUCGCUUCUCUUCCAGCUCGGGAGCCAAUAACAAAACGAAGCAUGGGAGGACAUAGAUUGUCGAGGAUCAGUCAUAUUGAUUCAUCCAAAUCAAUUCAGAGUGGUUAUUAUGGACGCCAAACUGGAGGUGCAAGAAUGACACAAAUUUUGCCAGAAGAACACACCGAACAAGGAAAUAUUGAGGAUAGUACGAAAACUGCUGAAGACCGCGCUCCUCCUCCUCUACACGAGGAAUCCGAGCUUACAAUGAAGGGUACAACUACUUAUAACAAAUCCUCAACGCAGCUGCUCCACGAGAAAAUCAAUAUGCUUGGCAAGUCUCAGUCAUCGCGGAGUACCAAGUCAAUCCCAGCCCCUGCACCUAAUGUUAAUUCCCAGGUUCAAUAUCCUGAGCUGUCGUCGCAAGUUGAGCCUGCUGCUGAUGAACCACGGAGGCCAUCCCCAAUCGAGGCUCAAACUUAUGAUAGCAGAACAGCACUACCCAGGUCGCCGCAACAUUUCCAGUCGUCCCAUUCUGUGAGAGAAAUGACUGCCGAAUCUCCCCAGCAGCUCCGCCAGCUAGCACCUCAAGAGGACCGUAUGUCAAGGAUUAUGUAUAGUCGAUCGCCAGAGAGGCGUUCGCCUGCGGCCAAGCCUUUUGGCGUUGCUUUUCACGCGAAGUCGGCCUCCACCUCGAUAAUUACGUCCCCGAGAGCAAAUACCAUAGGCCAUCAGAGAACCACAUCUGACCGUGAAAUUGUUACUCCUGUUUCUUCACCAAGAAGGGAUGAUGGCCCUCUGAGUGCCUCCAAAUCCAGACUACAGUCGAUAAUGAAAACUGCCAAAGGACUAUUUACAAGUACGGGCAGUGUAUCUGCAGCUGCCAGAAAGGAGGCUCUGUCGCCAUCGCCUACUACCACACGUUCCCACACCGGUCUCUAUCCAAAACUACAAGAAAUGUUUUCCCAAGAACCUCAGCCUCCUGCCAUUCAGAGCCCUCCAUUACAGGAAGGACGACGAACCAGAAGUUCGACAGAGAGAGAAGAGAAGCGAAAAGAGAAAGAACGACAAGAGAUGCAGCGCAUGGAAGAACAAUUGCGAAAAUCCAGAGAGCAGGAAAUACAAAAGCAAGCUACUAUUAAUGUCGCACCAGAACACCGUCCACCUCCCAAAUCAGUAGGGACAACCCCGGCCCGAGAUCCCCUUGCAACAAGACCUAACCCCAGAAGACCACCAACGCAACAAUCUGUACGUGAACCGGAACAAAGCCGAGAUAUAGAGCACAAAUUUGCUGUUCCUGCGAAACCUCACCAUCAAUCCAAGCAGAAUGACAGCCGUCGUCCUGUUAGACCUACGAGAGACAUCCAGAAACCAAAGCCCCAACCCGUGUCUAUUCGGGUUGGAACUCUUUCACAGCGUAUCCCGUUGUCCAAUUCGUCCCUCUCUUCGAGUAUUCAGGAGCCUACCCCGAACCCGACUCCAGCGCCAAAGGCACCUGCACCAGGUGUAAAUAAAAAAGGAAGUAAAUUAUCAAUGCAGACGAAUUCGUCUACUAGUAGUUUCAAGAGCGCCACCUCUGCCACGAGUUCGAAAUCAAAGGCCGUGCAGGCCGCCGAGAAGAAAAGAGAGGAGCAGCGUGAAGCCCAACGGAAGCGAGCAGCUCAGCAGGAAGAAGUGCGCCGACAAGAAGAGGCACGUCGACAAGAGCAAGCUAGCCGUGCUGAGGCCGAACGACGAGAACGGGAGCGGUCGGUAGUAGACGACCCCAAGAAACUUGCCCACAAGCAAGCCAUCGAAAAGAGACGAUUGGAAAAUGCAAGAAAAUUAGAGCAGCAACGUAACCAGCAGCCAACGCCUGUGAAUGACCUGGGCUCUAUUCUUCAACAAGAGAAGGCUGUGUUACAAGGAUCUCAGCGAAACGACUUACCAUCCACCAGACCUUCGAGACUGCAUAGUAUACAGGGGCAAGUUCGUCCGGUAAAUUAUCCACCACCAAAUCCGGCCAAACCUCCGAAGAGAGCUCUGGAGGAUGAAAGCUCAGGGCGUCCGGUUACUGGGAAAGUAGGAGCAGCUGUGCACCAAGCAGACGGCAAACGGCGAAAGACAGAUGAUGAGAUUGCCGCCUCUGAGCCACCAAUUCGAUCAGCGAUGGCACCUCCAAUCCGCCAGUCCAACGUUCGCAAGGAGGCUCCUAAACAGCAAAUGUACAACCAGGGUUAUUCAACGAUGCCACCUCCACCCCACCACCAGGCUGGCCCGUCACUUUUCAAGAACCCUACAGCUCCCCGCCAUUUCCAGCCUUCAGCUCCCGUGCAAUCACAGCCGCAUCGGAACGGCCACCCGCUGGAAAUGUCUAAAUUUGCCAGCGGCAAAAUCCCCUUCGCUGACAACUCAAACCCACCCCACGCUACCACUCACAAAACGCCUGCACACGGCCCACAGAAAAUCCUCAAAUCCUCCCCGGCUUACCCUAACGGUGAUAGCAUAAAACUUCCCGAAAUCCUCACGGACAGCGAAGAUGAGGACUCCGACGCAGAGCCGUACAACGUUCCCGACUGGGCCAAACCCGAAAACCUAAACAACAUCCUCAUUAGCCAGGAAGGCAAAGAUGGGGAGCAGGUAUUCGGCCCCACUGCGCCGUUGCACAUGGAGGAGAUCUUCAAGGAUAACAAAGACCGGUUUAAGCGAUUCCGCGAUCGGACUAGUAGUGCCAAUUGGGGUGGGCCAGACGGGUUGACGCAGGAUGAGAUCAAAUGGGAUCUAGCGGAGAGGGAACGCCUGAAGAGGAAUGGCGGGUGGACGUUUGCAACCUCAUAGAUAACGGCAGUUUUGAGUUGUUUGUAUCGCUUAUUUUUGGUUUUGGCUGCUCCUACAUUUCUGUAUGACGGCUACGUGGCAGGUGACGGGGCGACUUCUAGGUUCUCGCCUGUAUUUGGUUUAGGUAUGUGCAGGGUUUUUGGAGUAGGAAGAAAGAGGAUAGGUUGUAGGGAUGUCAGGCGUUUUGCGUUUACGUGCCUUGUUAACAUUGUCUUGAGUUCAGGGCUUUUGGUUUUGAUUUUUAGAAGUAUAUAUAUUGAUUGUUGAUUGUUAAUUUCGGAUUUUUAUUGUUCAGAUAUUCCAGCGAAGGACAGCUUGUUUUUGUUACUACGACUAUUUCUAUUCUUCUUAUUAUUUAUUGUCCUGCAUAUGAAUGAUAGAGUCAAAUGUUUCCACAUCUCUUCGCCGGUUUUUUUGCACUCCUCCCAUCUCUACAACUAGAGAAAGGGGUUUGCCCAUCUUCUCUCAGCAAUGCCAUGCGAUAAAUACACCUCUCCAGCCAGCACUUGUCGAUAACUAUCUCACCAAGAAUACCAACUGUAUUGAGAAUCUCAUCCACACUUGGCCAGCAUGUAGCCAUAUUCCCCCC